CCUCUCUUGCCUCAACACCUCACCACUGGCUCUCUGCAGGUUUCUGGAUAAAAUCAUACCUCUGGAGGAAUAAUGGGCACCAACUUCUCCAGCCUGGAUGAUAUCCUGGAGGAGGACAUGCACUACUGGUACACCAAAUUCAUGAAGGAGUCUCCUUCGGGCGUCAUAACACUCUUUGAGCUCAAGACUAUGCUCGACAUGACCGGUAUGACAGAGGAGGCCAGCAGCUAUGUAGACCAGGUCUUCUUCACCUUUGACAUGGAUGGGGAUGGCUAUAUAGACUUUGUGGAAUACAUCGCCGCAAUAAGUUUAUUACUCAAAGGAGAAAUCAACCAGAAGUUAAAGUGGUACUUCAAGCUCUUUGAUCAAGAUGGAAAUGGGAAAAUCGACAAGGAGGAACUGGAGACUAUAUUUAAGGCUAUUCAAGACAUCACCAGGAGUUAUGAAAUUCCUCCAGAUGAGAUCGUGACGCUUAUAUAUGAGAAGAUCGAUGUUCGCGGAGAAGGUGAACUGACGCUGGAGGAGUUCAUCAGUGGAGCCAGGGAGCAUCCCGACAUCAUGGACAUGCUCACCAAGAUGAUGGAUCUCACCAACGUUCUUGAGAUCAUCGUCAAAGGUCAACAGAAGAAAGGCAUAAACUGAAUCAGUAACGUGGCUGGACUGUGUGGAGAACCGAGAGCAUCUUUGGUGGAUUAUCAGAACGCAGCAGUGUCGAGGAAAGAGCGCGUGUGUGCUUGCACACUACACAGAAUGAACUGAAUGAACAGACUGAGCGGUCCCAUGCACAUAUGAUCUCUGUGCAUAUCGCCUGAGGGGGAAGCAGAGAAUUUGUCCUCUCCUUCUGCUUGUGCUCUCGCUUUUCUUGGUCCUUCAGUCUUGUUGAGGUUUACAACACUUAAACGGGUGACGUGUUUGGAGUGCGUCAGUGAAGAGAGACUCUUCAGCAGAUGGUGCAAAGCAAAGUGGUGACAAAUCACUUUGAUUUAACUUAUCGAGCUGGAAAUAUCGUACGAGACUUGUGAUUUGCAGAACCAGACACAAAACAGAGUGGGUUACAGAUUUAUAAUUCAUAAAUCGUUAUUAAUAAUUUAUAAUUGAACAGAUUUGACAAACAAACUGCCAAACAAAACUGCAUUUCAGUAGACACCAUGGUCACUUCUGAUGCCAUAAUUACAGUAUCUGGGUGUAUUAACAUGUUAACACUGUACGGUUAACAUCUAAAACACUCACUGAUUUAUUCUUUGUUUUGUGUUGUUGCUAUUGUAAAAUCUUCAUGAAUUGUAUAAAAACUGAACUGUAACUGAAUAUCCAUGUAGCGACUGAAUGUACAAAAGAUUUGACAUGAAAUGUAACACUUUACAAUAAUUAAGGUUAAAAAUGUUGCCUUAAAAAUCAA